GCAAAUCUUUUCUCACACAAAAAACUUCACUAUUGUCAAAUACAUGGACAAGCAGCAACAAGGCAAAAGGAUGCAACCUUACACAACAAAGAAUGUUCUACCCUCUUCAUCAACUCAUGCAUCAAGAAAAACUCACAAGAAGUACAUGGAGGCUAUUGCAGACAUGAAAAAUGCCACCACUAAAUCCGCAACAUGGAUCACUUUGAAAGAGGACGCACGUGAAGACAACAUCACAAAGCUACUCCAGGAACAUCCAUUCAGUUCCACCAAAUACAUCUUCGAGUACAUGAAGAACGGAAUUAAACAUGUCCAAAUUCUCCUCGAUGAAGAAGACAACCACGUGGACGACUCCAACAAACUGUAAACCAACAUUAUGCUACUUAUUUACAGGACUUUGCAACAAUAAACGAAUAAAAUACAAUAAAUCUCUUA